UCAGGUCUGGCGUACGCCAUGUUGGCGGCGGUUCCUCCUGUGUUUGGUCUCUACUCCUCUUUCUACCCUGUCCUGCUCUACACCUUCUUUGGGACCUCCAGACACGUCUCUAUGGGAACCUUCGCUGUGAUUAGUCUGAUGAUUGGGGGCGUGGCCGUGAGGGAAGCCCCAGACUUCAUGUUCUAUGUUCCGGGCAACGGAACCAACUCAACAGUUCUAGAUGUGGACGCAAGAGAUGCCAGAAGGGUCCAGCUGGCAGUGGCACUCACUACUUUAGUAGGGCUCAUCCAGCUGUUGCUGGGGGUUCUGCGGUUCGGCUUCGUGGCGAUCUACCUGACGGAACCUCUGGUGCGCGGCUUCACCACCGCGGCUGCCGUGCACGUGUUCAUAUCACAGCUCAAAUACCUACUGGGCAUCAGGACACAGAGAUACAGUGGACCGCUGUCUGUACUGUGGAGUUUGGGGGCGGUGCUUCAGAACAUCACCAGCACCAACCUGAGCACACUGUUGGUGGGAGGAGUCUGUAUGGUCUUCCUCUACGGGGUCAAAGAGGUCAACGUGCGCUUCAAGAAGAAGCUGCCUGUACCCAUCCCUGGAGAAAUCAUCGUGGUGAUCAUGUCUACGGGAAUCUCUUAUGGAAUGAGCCUGUUUCAAAACUACCAGGUGGCUGUGGUAGGCAAGAUUCCCACAGGGCUCCUCCCCCCUGCCCUGCCUGACCACACCCUCUUCUCCAAGGUGGCAACCGACUCCGUUGCCAUAGCGAUCGUGAGCUUCUCCAUGGGAAUAUCGCUGGCCAAGAUCUUUGCCAUGAAGCACGGGUACAGCGUGGAUGGCAACCAGGAGCUGAUUGCAUUGGGAAUCUGUAACUUCGUCAGCUCGUUCUUCCAGACGUUCGUCAUCACUUGCUCUAUGUCACGCAGCCUUGUACAGGAGAGCACAGGAGGAAAGACUCAGAUUGCUGGGCUGCUGUCGUCUUUGAUUGUGCUCUUGGUUGUCGUGGCGAUUGGCUACGUGUUUGAGCCUCUUCCCCAGACAGUUCUGGCUGCCAUCAUUAUGGUGAAUCUGCAAGGAAUGUUUAAGCAGCUCAGAGACAUUCCCACACUCUGGAGGACCAGUCGCAUAGAGUUUGCUAUCUGGAUCGUGGCCUUUGUAGCGUCGGUGCUGCUGGGACUGGACUAUGGGCUCGUGGUGUCCAUCAGCUUCGCCAUCCUCACAGUCAUCUACCGCACACAGAACCCCAAGAGUAUGAUCCUUGGACAGGUCCCAGGCUCAGACCUUUACUAUGAUGUAGAUAAAUAUGAGGAGUGUGCGGAGAUCUCAGGGAUUAAAAUCUUCCAUAUGAACACCUCUAUCUACUUUGCCAACUGUGAGCUCUACGUGAGUGCCCUCAAGCAGAAGACGGGUGUGGACCCCACUGUCCUGCUGCACGUCCGUAAGUGUCGAGAGAAGAAGUUGAGGAAGACCCAGGAGAUGCCACCAGAGAGGAAGAGCAUCGUCGUCAAACUGGAUGUGGAUAAGGGCGUGUCCCAUGAGAUAGUGUGCGGGGCUGGCGUCCCAUUGGCUGUCCAGGCUAACGGGCAGGUGAGUGAGAGCUAUACGGACGCGGUUGCCGAGGAAACGGACGUGCUGACCGCCUUCCUGGAGCGUGAGGAGGCGGAGCAAGUGUACGCCAUCGUACUGGACUUCUCACCCGUCAACUUCAUCGACUCAGUAGGAGCCAAAGCCAUCAAGUCUGUGGUCAAGGAGUUUGCUGCGGUGGACGUGAGUGUGGUCAUCGCUGGCUGCAGCCGUACGGUGCUGUCUCAGCUCCGGUCGCUCCGGUUCUUCGGGGAGGUCGUGACCUCUGACCUCGUGUUCCCCACCAUCCACGACGCCGUGUUGCACUGCAGCUGCCGCUCGCUGCUGCUGGGCCAAUGAGAUCGCGGGGGCACGCCCACACGCUCCUGCUGGGCCAAUGAGAUCGCGGGAGCACGCCUGACAGACAGGACUGUGAGUCAGCAGGACUGAGGCGAUUGGUGGAAAGCUGGAGGGGGAGGGUCUGUGGAAAGCGAGCCGACGCCCCUUCCUCUGACAUUCCAGAAGCGCACAGCACUUUGUGGUUGUCAGCUCCAGCCUGACUGGCCAGGCAGAGGGAAGCCAUGACACAGGACGAGACUCUCUAUGUGUGUGUGUGUGUGUGUGUGUGUGUGUGUGUGUUUUAAUCAUACUGAUUGCUCUAGACUCUGCAGUGUAGGUUUCCAGGGUGUUGUAUUUCCUGAGGACCACCAGGGGGGCGGGCAGGCGGGCAGACCUGUGGCCCUCAGCUGACCUGCUGUCUGUACCGGCAGCUCCCAUUAGGGGGCGCACUGCUUGGCCAUUUCUAUGACCGCUCUUGGGCCAGGUCCUCCUCUAUCAUGUGCUCUCUCUCUUUAUUCUCUCUCUCUCUCUCUUUCUCUAUCUCUCUAUUCUCUCUCUCUCUCUCUGUGUUCUUCUCUCAGACACUGUACUGCCAUUAUUAAAUGGCCAUUGUCGCUGUGCCUGGAUGAGAUUUGAUUCUGCUGCUGUAUGUAUGUGUGUGUGAAGGUGAUUUGACAGGGUGGUAUACAAAAUGCUGUUAUUCAGCAUGACCAGCUGUGUGUGUGUGUGUGUUUGUGUGCAUACACGACUACACAAAGUGGGACAAGCAUCCAAUUGAAGCCCUACAUGCAGAAUUCUGCCGAUCAAUUCAAUCAAAAACACCCAACAAUGCAUGUAGGGCAGAAUUAGGUCGUUUUCCAUUGGCAUUACCUAUUCAGAAAAGAUCCUUAAAAUUCUGGAUGCACCUGAACAGCAGUCCUAAGAACUCACUCCAUUUUGAGGCAUUAAAAACCCAGGAGAUGAACCCUGAAAAGUGUCCUCUGAGCCAGCUGGUACUGAAGUUAACUAACUCAAUAACAACAAUUAAUAAACAUCAAGCUCAGUCCAGCGCUGCUUCCCAAACACCAAUUAGAGUCAACAAAAUAAUGAAUCAAGCAAAAGAAGAUUUAGAGCAUUGGACAAACCAAACUACCAACCAAAGUAGAAUGAAUUCCUAUCUGAUCCUUAAAAGAGAAUAUGAAUUGGCAGAGUAUCUCAGCUCUGUCAGAGAUACGAAGCAGAGGCAUAUCCUGACCAAGUACAGGCUCAGUGACCCCAACCUAGCAAUAGAAACAGGCAGACACAGAGUGAUCGGGAUGCCGUUGCGGUGAUGGAAACAGGAGACAGUUGCGAUGUUUCUCAAGAAUAGCCAGGUUUUAUUUCCACCUCAGCAGCUGAGCAUGCAUUACCAGUAUGAAGAAAUCGGAAAAAGAAAAGAAAAACCAAAACUCCAAACAAUAAUCUCAAAUCAAUCACUAAACUUCAAAAACUAUAUCAAAAUGAACUUUGACAACCCUUUUCAAUUAUAGGGCAAACUGCUGCAAAUCACAAAACGAGUGUUAGGCCUAUAAGCAGGGACAAUCACUUGCUCACCUCAGACCAUUCUACCUCCUUCUGCUCUCAACAAUAUUCCCUCCAGAGAAUUUAACUCUGCCGACUAAACCAAUGCACAAUCAAUCAAUCAAUCAAUCAACUAACAAAAUGCAUCUUCUCUAUAUAAAUAUCCAAUAAUACAUUACAUACCAUAAAACCCACUGUUUCAUAACAAGGCAAUCCUAUUGUAUCAUUUCAUAACCUUAAACACAUCAUAGAUAACCAGAACAUCCCAAACACCCCUCUUGCCAUGCACACUUGACCUCUGCUAGUGCAGUACGUCACACUCCACAAACUUAUAAUGUUCCUUGCGACUUUCCGUCGGGUCUUUUCUCAGUCCCCAGACCAGGAAGCACUAUUGUCCGACACAAUGGAAAGUUUGCUGAAUGUCCGUGUUCCCUCAACCUUCAGUUGGCCACCCUGAAAGUAAGGCUGAUCAUUAAUAUUGUCCCGUACGCGUUUUGCCGUUGCAACCAUGCUGGAUGCCGUUCGUGUUCGUGUGUGCAAAUAAAGAGUGUUUGUAAAUCA